AUGGAUCUCACGGAUGACGCAGAUGAUCAGGGCAAGAAAGCAUCGAAAUCUGAUACGCAUUUAGAAUCUACAGAAAGUGGAAGUAAACGGAAAAGACUGUUUAAUAAAGAACUUAGGUGCAUGAUGUAUGGCUUUGGGGAUGAAGCUACUGCGUAUACGGAAUCAGUGGAUAUGUUGGAAGAGAUGGUGAUAGAAUUCAUAUCGGACACGACAUUGAAGGCCUUAAACGUUGGAAAGAAAGGAAAGAUUCACGUCGAAGACAUUAUAUACGUUAUUCGUAAUGAUCCGAAAAAAUAUGCUCGAGUUAAGGAUUUAUUGACCUUAAAUGAGGAGCUCAAGAAGGCAAGAAAAGCUUUCGAUGAUCGCCAAAUGCUAUCUAUAGAUCAAUAA